UAGGUUAGCAACCAACUUAAAACUAACCAAUUUCAUAAUCCUAACACAUAAACAAUUCAUAAAAUUCAAUUUUAAUGAAAGUACUUUGUCCUCCAAUAAAAGUUCUCUUGGAAUUUUUCCGUGUUUUAAUUGAGGUACUUUGUCAAAAAUUUACUCCUGCAUUAAGAAGUGGCUUAACAUACAAAGGAAACAAGAAUCUUUCACUCUCACAAUACACACUCAUAGACGGCUGAACCCCCUUUUUUUUUUUUUUUUCUUCUUCUUCUUUUUUUUUUUUUUAAUCGACACGGCCUGCACAUUUUUAGCACAUAGCAUGUUAGGAAAGCUCACAGGAUAUUUAGGACAACUUUUUCCCUUCGACAAAAAGGAGAGCACACACAUCACAAUUGAGAGCAUAGACGGACUAGGAAGAGCAAUACAGGAAGCAUGCACUGUGUUACGAUGUUACGAAAUGGUUCAACUCUCCGUGUAGCAAGAAAGCUCUUAAACAUACAACAGCUCCACUUUCAAUGCCCUAUCAUAUUUUCUGGACAUCACCAGAGAUUCAUCCCGUUCACUUUUGGGAAUACCUCAGCUUCUGCAUCAUUGUUUUCCACUUUGAGCAACAACAAUAGCUCAACUUCUAUGACAAAUGAUAGUGUUGCACUUGGACCCGACCAUUGUAGUGGAAGUACAGUUGCUUUAUCCGAACUAGAACCGGUGGCCCGGAGCUUAUCUGAUAGAAUGAUAGAGCUAGCAAUGGAUUCUGUAGUUAAGAUAUUCACUGUUUCAAGCCGUCCCAAUUACUUCCUUCCCUGGCAGAACAAGUCUCAGCGUGAAACUGCUGCCUCUGGUUUUGUUAUUCGGGGAAAGAGAAUCCUGACAAAUGCUCAUGUUGUGGCUGAUCAUACAUUUGUACUUGUACGAAAGCAUGGUUCUCCGACCAAGUAUAGAGCAACAGUUCAGGCUGUUGGUCAUGAAUGUGACUUGGCUAUUUUAGUGGUAGAAAGUGAAGAAUUUUGGGAGGGCAUGAACUCUUUGGAGCUUGGUGAUGUACCAUUUCUCCAAGAAGCUGUGUCCGUUGUUGGUUAUCCUCUAGGGGGAGACAAUAUAUCUGUUACAAAAGGUGUUGUCUCCAGGGUUGAACUUACACAAUAUAUACAUGGUGCUAGUAAGCUAUUGGCAAUACAAAUUGAUGCGGCUAUAAAUCCAGGAAAUAGUGGAGGACCAGUAAUCAUGGGUGACAAAGUUGCUGGAGUUGCUUUCCAAAACCUUUUGGGUGCAGAGAAUAUCGGCUACAUAAUUUCUGUUCCCGUGAUAAAGCAUUUUAUAGCUGGCGUAGAAGAACAUGGUGAAUAUGUUGGGUUUUGCUCUCUGGGCUUGGCAUGCCAACGUACUGAAAAUGCACAAAUUCGAGAAUACUUCCAAAUGCAGUCAUUGACAGGUGUGCUUGUUAGCCAAAUCAACCCACUUUCUGAUGCUUCUAGAGUAUUGAAGAAAGACGAUAUAAUCCUCGCAUUUGAUGGUGUACCCAUAGCAAAUGAUAGAACAGUUCCUUUCCGAAACAGAGAGAGAAUCACAUUUGACCAUCUGGUAUCUAUGAAGAAACCAAAUGAAACUGCUGAACUAAGAGUCUUGACGAAUGGUGAAGUGCAUGACUUCACGAUCACGCUUCAUCCUUUGCAACCACUUGUUCCAGCUCAUCAAUUUGACAAGCUUCCUAGUUAUUUCAUUUUUGCUGGUCUUGUCUUUAUGCCAUUAACUCAACCAUUCCUUCACGAGUAUUAUGGAGAAGACUGGUAUGAUACCUCAGCCCGUCGGAGUCGGUUGUGUGACCGAGCACGUCGGGAACUACCUAAGAAACCUGGCGAACAAUUCAUCAUUCUUUCACAGGUCUUGAUGGAUGAUAUUAAUGCUGGUUAUGAGCGCCUUGCCGAGUUACAGGUGAAGAAGGUUAAUGGUGAAGAAGUUUUGAAUCUGAAACAUUUACGUCAGCUUGUGGAAGAUGGUAACAAAAAGAAUGUGAGAUUUGAUUUGGAUGGUGAUUUGCAUGGUGAGCGGGUGAUUGUUUUGGAUUAUGAAUUGGCAAGAAUAGCCACAUCGCGUAUAUUGAAAUGCCAUAGAAUACCUCAUGGCAUGUCUAGCGACCUUACUGAUGAUCAAGAUGCAGAACUUCAGGUGGCUUGCUCAACCUAAUUUUUGGUGAUUGCUUAACAAAUCAUGUUGGUCCAAACCUCUACGUAGAUUAGAUGUAUGACUUAGACUUGUGCUCGACCAAUUCAAACUUUUUAAGUGGAUAAAAGUUGCUUAUAUAUAAUUUUCCUGGCAUCUUCAUAUAAAUAUUACAAAUCCAAGAAGAAUUACCAGCUCCAAUUUUAUUUUAUUUUUGUUCAGAAAAACGUCAAUGUAUGAUCAGAAUGAUAUAAGAGACGAGUAAUUGGAUGUGUUAAAUUAAAGUUACCAAUAUUUUUGUAGAAAUUUACUCGAAUUGCAUGCUUUUUUAUGUUAAAGGAAGCAGCACUAUAUGAAUAU